UUUUGUAGUCGGGAUUUUUAAUUUGUAUUUUAAUCAAUUCUAAUGAUUACCAAAUCAUGGAUGAGACCAUACAUCAAAGACAAAAGCGUAAAUCCUUGGGACCCAAAACUGUCAGCUCUGUGAAGAAUAUAAAGUUAGCAGUUCUACAAUUUCAACAAUUCUUAAAAAUACAGAAAACCUUUUCAAACAUUACGAGCAGAUGAAACUUGUCCAUGGUGAUACAAAGCCAAAGCGAGUUAUUCGACCUGAAUUUGGAACUCUAUAAAGGCACUUUAUGCUUAGUUGUGUCAAAGAAGAACCAUCGGAGAACCAGUGUCUGGGUUCUUUUUACAGGAAAAAGCUACAUUCUUUUAUGAAAAGUGACCUUUAUAAGUGACGUAUCGUAUGCUCGCAUCGUAUUCCUCUCUUGGUUAUCGGAAAAUCUGCAAAAUCGAGUUUUUUUUAAAGCUCAGUCAUUUCCUCUGGAAUAUCAAAAUCAAAAGAAGGCGUGGAUGAACUCCGAAGUUUAUCGACACUGGUUUUAAAAUAUCAUCUUGAAAAAUGUUCGGGAGGUGAAACCAGACUCACGGUAAUUAAUUUUGAAAUUUGCAUGAUUCUGAUUAUUUAGUUUUUGAAAUUAAAUUUUUUUACAAAUAAUUACAUUUUUCAAGAUUAUUUUAUUACUCGACAAUGCUCCCUCACACCCACCAGUUGAGGAGUUGAAUGCUAUCGACAAAAAAUAUUUGGUGAUUUAUCUCCCUCCAAAUGUCACUAUCUUGAUCCAGCUAAUGGUCCAGGGUAUUAUUUCGGCUAUGAAACGACACUAGAAGACGGGAUUCUUACGAGAUGCGUUAUACCGUAAUCGUAGCACCAAUAGUUCCUUUGUCCAAUUUGUGAAAAAGUGGACCGUUUUGAACUCCAUGUGUGUUCUCAAAGAAGCUUGGAAUUCAGUAACACCGAGCACCCUUCGAAACUCGUGGAAAAAACUGAUACCGGCUCUGAUAACAAGUGCUGUAGAAACACUUUCCAAUAACAAUCUUGUUGAUCUACUGAAUCGCGUUCCUGGAGGAGACGUAUGUUCUGCAUUAGAUGCAGAAAAUUGGCUCGAAGAAGGAGCAGAUUUUCCCGUUUUUAAAAUCAUGAGCGAUAAACAGCUCCUAAAUACGCAUGGCGGUCUUCAAUUGCCCAUACCGGAAGAACAGGAAACUAAAGAUAGUAUCAACUCCGAGAAGAGCGAAGACCUCGACAAAACUACCUGUGAAUCCCAGAGACCGGAAACUAUAUUGAAUGCGCCACAGUCAAUUUUUGACUGGUCUCGACACCGAAUGGAAUUCACAGAGGAAGAACUCCUAAAAUUUACCAAAGCCCGAGAUCUCGCUCUUAAUUUGCUGUCAAUGCCAAACUGAAAUCUAGACAAUCUCUCACAGAAUGUGAACGUGGGUGUCCAACUUAUUUUUUUAGAUUGAAACUUUCUUACUCAAAAUAAGUUCUAAAGUUUGUUCAAAAAAUUUAUUUA